AUGAGGGUCGUGGAAGUCAUCAUUGACGGCUUCAAGUCGUAUGCCGUUCGGACGGUAAUAUCAGGCUGGGAUGAGAGCUUCAAUUCGAUCACGGGCCUCAAUGGCAGUGGCAAAUCAAAUAUUCUCGACGCUAUUUGCUUCGUUUUAGGCAUCACGAACAUGUCGACAGUUCGAGCUCAGAAUCUUCAAGACUUAAUAUACAAGCGCGGGCAGGCCGGUGUCACCAAGGCUAGCGUGUCCAUCGUUUUCGACAACAGAGAUACCAAAAAAUCGCCGAUCGGCUUCGAGGAGUAUGCGAGCAUCAGUGUGACACGCCAAAUCGUGUUGGGAGGCACGUCUAAAUAUCUUAUCAACGGCCACCGUGCACAGCAACAGACCGUUCAAAACCUCUUCCAGUCAGUGCAGCUCAACAUCAACAAUCCCAAUUUCCUCAUCAUGCAAGGUCGAAUCACCAAGGUGUUGAACAUGAAAGCAGUAGAGAUCCUGGCCAUGAUCGAGGAAGCUGCUGGAACGAGGAUGUUCGAGGAUCGCCGAGAUAAGGCACUUAAAACUAUGGCCAAAAAGGAAUUAAAGCUUCAGGAACUGCGGGAAUUACUCAAAGAUGAGAUCGAACCAAAACUGGAAAAGCUCAGGACCGAAAAGAGAGCAUUCCUUGAUUUUCAGCAGACUCAAAAUGACCUGGAGCGUCUUACAAGAGUCGUUGUCGCAUACGACUACGUCAGGUGCCAGGAGAAGCUCACGCAAUCAGCUGCGGACUUGGAAGAGAAGAAGAAGCGUCAUAAAUUUUUAGAAAAAUCUGCCGACCGCCUCAAGAGCGAAUUGUUUCACUUGGAGGAAGACAUUAAAAAGGUCAGGGUGCAACGUGACAAAGAGGUCAAGAAAGGUGGGAAAGCACAGGCACUGGAAAAAACUCUGAAGGAGCACGCAAACGAGCUAGUCCGUCUUGCCACCGUCAUGGAUCUGAAGAAUACGAGCUUAAACGAGGAAAAGGAUAAAAGGGAAACUGUAGAGAAAUUGGUUUCGGAACUAGACGCUGCGCUGGAUGGCAAGACUGCAGCUUUCAAUCGUGCCAAGGCGUCCUAUGACGAGGCAAAGGAUGACUUGACCAAGAAAACUCAGGAUGUCGAGUCCAAAGAGGAGCUCCUACAGACUCUACAAACUGGCGUCGCCUCAAAAGACGGCCAAGAGAAUGGUUACCAAGGCCAACUUCAGGAUGCACGGAACCGAGCUACAGCCGCGGCUACAGAGCAAGAACAGGCCAAGAUCAAGAUUACACAUUUGCAGAGCCGCGUGAAGGAGGAGGAACCGCGUGCUAGAAAAGCAAAAGAACAGAACGCAGGCCUUCUUCGUGAUCUUGACGGAUUGAAACAUCAGGCGCAGCAGCUCGAGAAGGAGCUCGCGAAGCUUGGUUUCGAACCCGGUCAAGAAGAAGAAAUGUAUAAGCGAGAAUCUUCUCUACAGCAAACGAUAAGGUCGCUUCGUCAUGACUCGGACAAGCUCAAGCGCCAAGUCGCCAACAUAGAUUUCAAUUACGCUGAUCCCGUUCCGGGGUUCGAUAGGUCAAAAGUAAAGGGCCUCGUCGCGCAACUUUUCACGCUCGAAAAGGAACAUGUUCAAGCCGGUACAGCUCUUGAAAUCUGCGCAGGUGGCCGACUAUAUAACGUCGUCGUUGACUCCGAGGUUACGGGUACACAGCUGCUUACAAAAGGCAAGCUACGCAAACGGGUGACAAUCAUCCCUCUCAACAAGAUUGCUGCUUUCAAAGCAUCGGCCCAAAGCAUCGCAACUGCGCAGAGUCUUGCCCCUGGUAAGGUCGACCUGGCGCUGUCACUGGUCGGGUAUGACGAACAAGUGUCAGCUGCCAUGGAAUAUGUAUUUGGGAACACGUUGAUCUGCGCUGAUGCAGAAACUGCCAAGCGUGUUACAUUUGAUCCGCAGGUCAAAAUGCGAAGCAUUACUCUGGAAGGGGAUGCAUAUGAUCCGUCUGGUACCUUGUCGGGAGGCAGUUCUCCUAAUUCCAGCGGUGUGCUGGUAACGCUUCAGCAGCUGAACAACAUCAGCCGACAGCUCAAUGAUAUGGAGCAAUCUCUCAGGGAUGUGCAAAUCGUAAUUGCCCAAGAGAAGUCCAAGCUGGAUCAGGCUCGACGCAUUAAGCAGGAUCUAGACCUGAAACGCCACGAAAUCAAACUUGCUGAAGACCAAAUCAGCGGUAAUUCUUCUUCGUCAAUCAUCCAAGAGAUUGAGAACAUGAAGGCUAGCAUUGCUGAACUUCAGGAGGGUAUCACUCAGGCCAAGUCACGCCAAGCAGAAGCAAACGCCGACGUGAAGAGAAUCGAGAAAGAUAUGAAGGACUUUGACACGAACAAGGACGCAAAACUCGUUGAACUCCAGCAGUCUCUGGAUAAGUUGCGAACUAGCCUCGAUAAAAGAUGCUCAACGGUCAAAACAUUGCAAAAGGAACUUCAGAGCGCACAACUCGAUCUGGAGCAAGUCAGCGCUGACUUGUCAGCAGCGCGCGAACAAGCGCAAGAAGCGGAGCUCGGAAUCAAGGCAGCCAUGCAGGACGUGGAGAAUCUGUCGAAGCAACAAGCUGCACUGACACAGACGCAUGACACGGUGCAAUCUCAGUUGGAUGACGAGAAAGCCAAGCUCAGUCUGUUCGACGACGAACUUGGAGCUCUGGAGGAAGCCAUGAGGUCAAAGAAUGCACGAAUCACGGAGGAGGGGCUGGAGAUGCAGAAGCUGGGCCAUCAGAUUGAGCGUUUCCACAAGGAACAACAAGGCGCUGCAGACAACGUGGCUCAUUUGGAAUCCGAACAUGAGUGGAUUCAGGACGAGAAGGACAAGUUUGGCCGGAGUGGGACGCCGUAUGACUUUCAGGGCCAGAACAUUGGGGAAUGCAAAUCUACUCUGCGAAACCUGACAGACCGAUUCCAGGGCAUGAAGAAGAAGAUCAACCCCAAGGUGAUGAAUAUGAUUGACAGCGUCGAGAAGAAGGAGGUGACGCUGAAACAUAUGAUCAAGACGGUCAUCCGCGACAAGCGAAAGAUUGAGGAGACGAUUGUCAGCCUCGACGACUACAAGAAGAAGGCGUUGCACCAGACGUGGGAAAAGGUGAAUGGGGACUUUGGGCAGAUAUUUUCCGAAUUCCUUCCGGGCGGCAGCUUCGCCAAGCUCGAUCCGCCCGAAGGCAAGACCAUCAGCGACGGGCUUGAAGUCAAAGUAUGCCUGGGCAAAGUGUGGAAACAAAGUUUAACAGAGCUGAGUGGCGGUCAAAGAUCCUUGGUUGCGCUGGCGCUUAUCAUGGCGCUUUUGCAGUUCAAGCCAGCUCCCAUGUACAUUCUUGACGAGGUCGAUGCAGCCCUGGAUCUUUCUCACACACAAAACAUCGGGCGGCUCAUCAAGACACGCUUCAAGGGCUCCCAAUUCAUUGUCGUCAGUCUAAAGGAUGGCAUGUUCCAGAACGCCAACCGUAUUUUCAGGACACGGUUCAGCGAGGGCACAAGCAUGGUGCAGGCGUUGACGCCGGCUGAUAUGAGGUAG